AAAACGUGAUUGGCAAAAGAUAAGACUGUGCCAAACUUGCGAACAUAAAAGGAACCUCUUCUCAUUGCCGAUACAAUUAAUACCGCAGUAUAUUCCAACGAGUGCUUGUCCACAAUGGUCUUUUCAGUGGUUUUCGUUGCUUGUCUUGUUUCUGUGGCAGUGGGUAUGACAACACCCCCACACCAUCACCAUUCCCAUGUGUCACACCCGCACCAUCAUCACUCCACGCACGAGGCAAAUAUCAACGAAGCUUUCUCCUUCCAUUACGAUGCUCAUUCGACGUCCCUUGCAGUGAAAACGCACAAACACUGCUACUUGUACAUGCUCACAGCCGAUGAACAAACCACAGUACACACAUCAACUGGCCUUCACUCCAUCGAGAAGACCGUUAUCGAUCUGAUUGACGCCAACAGCGCCACCACCGCCGUCUCGGCACAAGACCUCACCACCAUGAGCCACGGACUGUCACAUUUCUGUGGAAAACUCACGGCCAUGAGAUUGAACUGAAUAAAGACGUCGUUAUUUCA